ACCCAACCUAUCCCUUAUUUCUUGACCCCCAUCCACAAAACCACAAAUAUCUUAAUCCUCUUCCCAAACAGUCCCUUUCACCUCUUUUGGCAUUCGUCGACUCCGCCAUCUCCCCAGAACCAAAUCAUCAUCAUCAUUAUCUUACAGCUUCUUCAAUCCAACUUCGUCAAAACCCAAAUCUCCACAAUACUUCACAUUCCAUAUCUUCUUCAAUCGAACCCUACCUACAUUGUUCUUCAUUUUCCCUAUUAUUAAUCCAACAACAAGAAGCUCAAGAUUAAGCCUUUCUCUUCAUUCUCAAUCGAAGCAUCAUGAUCUUUUCCAGGAUUGGCCGUUCUUUGUCUCAAUCAUCUCGCGCAAGAAAUGUGAUAAGUGGAGGUAAUGGUGCAAGAUCGGCUCUUACCAACGGAGCUUUCAUUCGAGCUCCGUAUGUGGAUAGGGAUAUUAGUCGAUUUGAUGAUAAACUAGGGUUUUUAAGGGGCUAUUUAACUUCAAUAGGUGCUAACAAGGGCACUUUGUCGAAGCCGUAUUUAUCUGAUUUGAAUUACCUCCUUGCGAACCCUAGACUUCGUAGAUUUUUCUCAAGUGAAGCUCCCAAAAAGAAGAACUAUGAGAAUUUCUAUCCCAAGGAUAAAAAGGAAAUCCCAAAAGGAAAGGAGCAAAAAUCCGAAUCCAAAGAGGAUGCAAACACAGGUGAUCAUGGCAGUUUUCAGGAAGCUUUCUUGAAGCAAUUUCAAAAUCUUAUCACCCCUAUAUUAGUGAUUGGGCUGUUUCUUUCAUCAUUUUCAUUUGGUCCUCGUGAGCAACAACAGAUUAGUUUCCAAGAGUUCAAAAACAAGCUCCUGGAACCAGGUUUAGUAGACCAUGUAGUUGUUUCGAAUAAAUCAGUUGCGAAAGUGUAUGUAAGGAGCUCACCACGCAAUCAAACAAGCAAUGAUGUCGUAGAGGGACCAGUUGUCCAAGGACCUGCUGAUCCAAGCAAGAGCCAAUAUAAAUAUUAUUUCAAUAUUGGAAGUGUUGAAUCUUUUGAGGAGAAGUUGGAGGAAGCCCAGGAAGCUUUGGGGAUAGAUCCUCAUGAUUAUGUUCCUGUUACAUAUACUUCUGAAAUGGUUUGGUACCAAGAGUUGAUGAGGUUUGCACCGACACUCUUGCUUCUAGGAAGCCUUUGGUUCAUGGGGCGGAGAAUGCAAGGCGGAAUAGGCGUUGGAGGUAGUGGUGGAAAGGGUGCCCGUGGAAUAUUCAAUAUAGGAAAAGCCCACGUUACAAAAGUGGAUAAGAAUGCAAAAAACAAGGUCUAUUUCAAAGAUGUUGCUGGCUGUGACGAAGCUAAGCAGGAAAUCAUGGAGUUUGUUCACUUCCUCAAGAACCCUAAAAAAUAUGAGGAACUGGGGGCAAAAAUUCCAAAAGGUGCUCUUUUAGUAGGUCCUCCAGGCACCGGUAAAACUCUUUUGGCAAAAGCAACUGCUGGGGAAUCUGGUGUGCCUUUCCUUUCCAUUUCGGGAUCAGAUUUCAUGGAGAUGUUUGUUGGUGUUGGAUCAUCUAGGGUCAGAAACUUGUUUCAAGAAGCGAGGCAGUGUGCACCUAGUAUAAUAUUCAUUGAUGAGAUAGAUGCUAUUGGUCGAGCAAGGGGACGCGGGGGCCUCUCAGGUGCCAAUGAUGAGCGUGAAAGUACUCUAAACCAGUUGCUUGUAGAAAUGGAUGGAUUCGGAACCACUGCUGGAGUUGUUGUGCUUGCUGGCACAAAUAGGCCUGAUAUUUUAGAUAAAGCUCUGUUAAGGCCUGGUCGAUUUGAUCGACAAAUUACCAUUGAUAAACCUGAUAUCAAAGGCCGUGAACAGAUUUUUCAGAUUUAUUUGAAGAAGCUCAAACUUGAUAAUGAACCGUCAUAUUACUCGCAGAGACUUGCAGCCCUCACUCCUGGAUUUGCAGGUGCAGAUAUUGCAAAUGUUUGUAAUGAGGCUGCAUUAGUUGCUGCAAGGAAUGAGGGAACACAGGUCACAAUGGAACACUUUGAGGCAGCUAUAGAUAGGAUCAUUGGUGGUCUGGAGAAGAAGAACAAGGUGAUAAGCAAGCUUGAACGCAGAACUGUAGCUUACCAUGAAGCAGGUCAUGCUAUUGCUGGCUGGUUUUUGGAGCAUACAGAACCCUUGUUGAAGGUGACCAUAGUUCCUCGUGGUACUGCAGCACUUGGGUUUGCCCAAUAUGUUCCGAAUGAAAAUCUUCUCAUGACAAAGGAGCAGCUUUUUGACAUGACAUGUAUGACUCUUGGUGGUCGGGCAGCUGAACAGGUUUUGUUGGGGAAAAUUUCGACUGGAGCCCAAAACGACUUGGAGAAAGUGACAAAAAUGACAUAUGCCCAAGUAGCAGUUUAUGGCUUCAGUGAAAAGGUGGGUCUCCUCUCCUUCCCCCAAAGGGAUGAUGGAUUUGAGAUGAACAAGCCUUACAGCAGCAAGAUGGGGGCAAUUAUUGACGGUGAAGUGCGAGAGUGGGUGGCCAAGGCAUAUGAAUCCACGAUGCAAUUGAUAGAGAAACACAAAGAGCAAGUUGCUCAGAUUGCUGAGCUGUUGCUGGAAAAAGAAGUCCUUCACCAAGAUGAUUUGCUCCAAGUUCUGGGUGAAAGGCCAUUCAAAUCAAGUGAGAUGACAAAUUAUGAGAGAUUUAAGCUAGGGUUUCAAGAGGAAGGUGAAAAGGGAGGACAGACCGUGGAGGGUGAGAGCACUGAAAAUGAUGAGUCAUCACCCCUCGAGCCAGAGGUUGUCCCAACAUAACUUUUGGGGAUCCAGAGGUUGUAUAUGAAAUUAAAUGAAUUCCCUUUCUUACCAUUUUGUCAUUAGAUUUUUUGAAGUUGAUGCGUAUCGUAGUUUAUUAUCCCGUGAUUAAUACUCCCACUGACAUCUGACAACAUUGUAAUGUAGCAAAGAACUUAGACAGGGCAUCUUAUGGUGCAGUUGUUGGAGUAAACACAUCGGGGUGAGAUAGAAUAAGUUAAAAAGGAAAGAAAAGGAGGUGAUGUAAAUUGAUUGUGACCUUAAUUUUAAAGGUGGUGAUCUGAUUCUGAUAUACAAGAUUGUGACUCCAAAUUUUAAAAGCAUUUUUGAUUUAUUUGAUAA